AUGGCUUUCUUCUCCUCGAGUUUCGUUUUGGUGAUGUCAGGAAGCACCGGCAUCCCAUCCCUGUCGAUUUCGAGUUCAAAAGCAGGCUUCCUGAUUCUCUUUCGACCUCCAUUCACCUGUUGCCCACCAUCUCGUGCCCCAGCACCUAUCAUGACAAAGAUCAACCAAUUCAUUCCAGUAGCCAGAGAUCAAACACUCACUGAAUUGUUCCUGCACAGUCAGAAUGACUACCUCAGGCAAUGGCUGCCAAGGCAGGAAUCAUAUCUGCAUCACCUCCUGGAUCGAGAAGCUCCACCAGAAGAUAGGAGAUGUGUCAUCUGCGACCAGGAUGGGGUCUACAAAUGUCAAGAUUGUCUUGGGGAGCCACUCUAUUGCACUGGCUGUUGCAGAAGUCAACAUCUUUGCAAUCCCUUCCAUUGGAUCAGUCAAUGGAAUGGUCAAUUCUUUGAGCAAAGUUGUCUCGCUCACGUCGGACUCAUCAUACACCUUGGUCAUGAGGGCAAACAAUGUCCGGUACUUACAGAUAGGUGGGAUUUGUUCGAAGAAGAUGAACCGGAAGACCAGCUUGAGCCUGAAGAUCUACCAUCUGUGUUGGGACCCAAGUUCCAGCCGAAGGAAAACACCAUGGUCAUCAUUGACAAGUCCGGAGUUUAUCGCCUCCGGGUUCGAUGCUGCAAUUGUCCAAAUGCCAUGAGUCCAGACCUUCAAAUGUUUCGAGAUGGAUUUUUCCCCACUUCAUUUAACAAGCCGAAGACUUUGUUCACCUUCAGGGUUCUCGAUGAUUUUCUAUUGGACAACCUUGAAUGUGGGACCUCGGUGAUGAACUAUUACAGCAAGCUCCGGCGAAUGACCUCAAGGAUGUUUCCACACCUUGUACCGGACCAAUACCAAGAGCUCAUGAGAGUCCCCCGACAGUGGAGGCAGUUGAAGACGAUGAAAUGGCAUGGCUUCAGCCAUUGUUCCGACAGCCCGAAUGCAGGAGAUCUCGCAUUAUUUUUCCCGGCAUUCACCUCAGAAGCUGAACACCUGCAUCCCAUGAAGCCAUUUGAUGAAGUUUGGCUGUCAGAUGGGUUGGGAUUCAUGGUGGGAAAGGACAGGUAUAAAACGCAUCUUGCAGAGGCUGCCGACACUUUAGAAAAAUCAAGCUGCAACAAUCACUGGGCAGUAAAUCAAGCAAAUGCAGCUCGGCACAAGCUGGAAUCCACGGGCAUUGGGGGAGUAGCCUAUUUUCAGAAAGGCGAAAGACAAAUGAACAUGGACUAUGCCCUUUGUGAGGCUGCCCGGCACAACAUGAAAGGCAUCACCAGGGCGGUCACCUUCUAUGAUAUCAACUGUCAAUACAACAAGCACUUUCGGGUUUGGGUGGAUCGAAGCCGAUUUAAUGGCAUCGGUCGGAUUGAUGGAGAGAUCAUGGAGACCCUAUGGCCAUGUCUCAACCUAAUUUCCCCUGCUGCUCGGGGAAUGUCAUCCCCGCAUCGAAAGGAAUGUCUCGAUUAUCAGAUGAAUGAUUCCAAUUUCUGCAAGAUGAUCUGCAUGAAAAGGACCCUUUGCCGAAAAUACAAGCAGGCGAAGAAUGGCAUUGCCGAAAGUGAAAAGGCUUUCGACAUACUCAAUGAAGCAGCACCCAGUGAUUCAAAGACAGAGUGGCUUGCCAGCGAGAGGAUCACUCAGUCCAGCAGAAUAAAUAAUCCUGCGGCUAUGGAUGUAUAUGAGAUUAAUAUCAAGAAGGCACCAAGCAAAAAGGAGAUCGAGCUUAGACUACUAGAGGAGGGUAAUGCCCGAAAUGCAGCACCUGCUCGCAGAUCUGCUCAAAUCGCAUUGCUCAUCGAGGUCCGAAGAAUUGGUAGAAGAACUACUGAGACACAGAAGUUAGACAUCGCCCGGCAACGCGAUCGUCUCCAAGGACAGAUAGAUGGAUUCACUCAGUCUGCUAUUAUGCAUCUCAGAGAGGGAUUUGAUGCAGAUGAUGAUACUGAAGACUUGAACUUGGACAUUCUUGAUGAUCUCGAUGAUGACUUGGCGGACUUCACCGAGACAUCUGACACAUGGGCAAACUCUCCUGAGCUCACUGUAAUCCCAUUGCCAUCAAACCUCAGGAUGUCUCUUCGUGAAGGGCAGGCCAAUGACUCCCUUCACAACCUCCGAAUUCACUUGUGCAACAAGGCGAUUCUGUUUCAAACAACAGUUAGGCAAGCCAAAUCCCAGGCCCUGAAAACUCGAGCUUGGUCCCAGGUGACGUCGGUGCAGCAGGCAGUGUCCCUCCAUGCCAGUAUGUAUACAAAGACGAGGAAGCAAAUGAUGCAACUGGAGCCAGGGCAAGACCAGGCUCAGAAAUACAAACCCCUGCUUCGAGAGCAACUCAAAAUCAGCACUGCCGUCGGCGAUCCAAAUGCCCGAGGUCAGCGAAACGAGUCCCUCGCUUGGUUCUGGUCAGUCGAAGUCGACCUUGGGGGUCCCGAUCACUCGUGGAAUGAGGAAUUUUACCAAGUUCAUUGGCUCCAGGCAAAGGCACUACGGGAUCGAUGGAAGGAAGAAAUGAUGUUGGUCCAAUUGGAGAUGGAUUGGACAUGUAACUUUUUCUUGUGGAAAGCAACCCAAUGGGGUGACAGGAUGCGCGAAUCAUUGGUGAAACACCUUCCGGGUCAUGCAUGCUACUCGGGAAGGCAAUCCCAAAUGUAUUCAUUGCUGGCACUGGAUGCCCAGGCAGCAUUUCAAGACCUGAAGACUGGGUUUAUAGAUGCUCGAGAUGAAUGA